GGCAGCUGCGCGCGGCCGCCGGCGCCUCCCCCAUGCUGCUCGGGGCGUCCUGGCUGUGCGCGUCCAAGGCGGCCGCCGCUGCUGCGCAGAGCGAGGGCGACGACGACAGGCCCGGCGGGCGGCGGCGGCGGGCGGUGGCAGGCGAGGCCAUGGACGAGUCGUCGCUGCUGGAUCUGCUGGAGUGCUCGGUGUGCCUGGAGCGCCUGGACACCACGGCCAAGGUGCUGCCGUGUCAGCAUACCUUCUGCCGCCGCUGUCUGGAAAGCAUCGUGUGCUCACGCCACGAGCUGCGCUGCCCCGAGUGCCGCAUCUUGGUGGGCUGCAGCGUGGACGAGCUGCCCGCCAAUAUCCUGCUGGUGCGCCUGCUGGACGGCAUCCGCCAGCGGCCCCGCGCCGGCGCCAGCCCGGGGGGCAGCCCGCCCGCGCGCCCGGGGCCCGGCGCAGGGGCGGCCUCGGCGCCGGCGGGCGGCGCGGGCAGUGCAGCGGGCAGCGACCCCGGCUCUCCCGUCUUCAUCCCUACGGCGGCAGGCAGUGCCACAGCCAGCCUGCGCGAGCUGGCGACCAGCAGGAGCGCGCCCGUGGCAAAGGAUCUUCCCCAGCUUCCCUACGGCAAAGCCCUGCACAGCUACGAAGGGAGGGAGCCUGGCGACCUCAAGUUCAGCCAGGGGGAUGUCAUCGUCCUGCGGCGCAGGGUGGACGAGCGCUGGUACCGUGGGGAGCUGCAGGGUGCGCACGGCCUCCUGCCCACCAGCUACAUCCAGUGUGUGCGGCCCCUGCCCCAGGCCCCGCCCCAGGGCAAAGCACUUUAUGAUUUUGAGAUGAAGGACAGAGACCAGGACAAGGACUGUCUGACCUUCACCAAGGAUGAAGUCCUGACCGUGAUCAGAAGAGUGGAUGACAACUGGGCGGAGGGGAUGCUGGGGGACAAGAUUGGGAUCUUCCCACUCCUAUACGUGGAGCUCAACGACUCUGCCAAGCAGCUUAUUGAGAUGGACAAGCCGUGCCCAGCCACCGGGUCUGGCUGCCACACCUCCUCACCUCCUGACCCUGGUGCAGUGGCCAGCGUGGCCCCAGGUCCCACUCUGAGCAGCUCAGGGGCUGUCAGUGCCUUUCAGCGGCGUGUGGACGGCAAGAAGAAUGCCAAGAAACGCCACUCCUUCACCGCACUCAGUGUGACGCACAAAUCCUCACAGGCCACCAGCCACAGACACUCCAUGGAGAUUAGUGCCCCAGUGCUGAUCAGCUCCAGCGACCCUCGAGCCGCGGCCAGAAUUGGGGACCUGGCCCACCUGUCCUGCAGUGCUCCUGCCCAGGGCUCCUGCUCCUCGGCCGGAUCUUCCCCAGCAGUUGAACAGCAGGGCACAGCUCUCAAAGUCCAGCUGCCCCUCAACGUGUACCUCGCACUCUAUGCCUAUAAGCCCCAGAAGAGCGACGAGCUGGAGCUGCGCAGGGGCGAGACGUACCGCGUCCUUGAGAAGUGUCAGGACGGCUGGUUCAAGGGCGCCUCCUUGAGAACCGGGCUUUCUGGGGUGUUUCCGGGCAACUACGUGACGCCUGUCUCCAGGGUUCCUGCAGGAGGCCCCAAACUGCCCCGGAAUAACGUGGCUGCAGGGUCUCCACUGGCCAAAGGGAUCGCCACAACCAUUCACCCAGGUGGUGGGAGUCUGAGCAGCCCGGCACCUGCCACGAGACCUGCCUUUCCCCUCAGCACAGCCCAGUCCCCUCACCAGGCAGCCUCUCCUGCAAUGGGCACUUGUCUGCGGCACUCAGCCCAGCCAGCAGCCGGCCAGGCCCACAGUGCUGUCCCCACAGCUGCCCACGCCUCAGCUCAGGCUCAGGAUCGACCGACAGCCACAGUGUCGCCCCUGCGCACCCAGAACUCCCCAUCCCGCCUGCACACCUCCAGCCUCAGGCCCCACUCAGUGGUGUCCCCACAGCACGUCCACCAGCCCCCGGUGCACCUGGCCACCGGGACGCUGUGCCCCCGGCCAGCCAUCCUGCUCACGUCAGCAGCAUCAGCCAUCACACCUCCCAACAUCAGCGCCGCCAGCCUCAGUGGGGAGGCCGGAGGAGGGCCUGUCAGCAGCUUGUCUACAUCCAGCCCCACCAGCACGGGAUGCAAGCCAGAUGAGAGGAAAAAUGAAAAGAAAGAGAAGAAGAGUGGGCUGCUGAAGCUGCUGGCUGGGGCGUCCACCAAGAAGAAGUCUCGCUCCCCGCCAUCCAUCUCUCCAACCCACGACCCCCACGGGGCAGUGGGUGCCUCGCUCCAGGGUGCCAUGGGGCCUGAGGUGUGCGCCCUGUCCGCCCACGGCAGGGCGGGGUCCUGCCCUGUAGAGAGCGAGAUGCAGGGAGCAAUGGGCAUGGAGCCACUGCACAGGAAGGCGGGUUCCUUGGACCUGAACCUCUGCUCAUCUCCAUCCCAGCAGGCACCUCUGUCCAUGGCUGCCAUGCGUCCCGAGCCCAAGCCCCUGUCCAGAGAGAGGUACCGCGUGGUGGUGUCUUACCCGCCCCAGAGCGAGGCAGAGAUUGAGCUGAAGGAGGGAGACAUCGUCUUUGUGCACAAGAAGCGCGAGGACGGCUGGUACAAGGGGACCCUGCAGAGGACAGGCCGCACGGGGCUCUUUCCAGGCAGCUUCGUGGAGAGCUUCUGAGGCUGUGCUUUCCCCCUGCUCCCAGGGACAGAGGCCCCAGGAUGCCCAGUGAGCCCAGGGAGCGAGGUCCUGCCUCCGCCACCAUCCCGGCCGGGAGCAUCUCCCUCCGUGUGAGCUGUAAGGAUACCUUGGAGAGAAGAGGACACUGAGACAGAGGGAUCUGCUGGCCAAGGCAGCUCCUGUUGGCCACCGGGGCUGGCCAGAGGUUGCAGAAGGGCUGUAGGGCUGGGAAGGCGGGCGCUGCCUGAGCGUCUUGAGGGUGUCUGUUCUGGGCCUCACAUGGGUCGCCUCUCUACAUACCUCAGUCACUGCUACCUGGCCACUCAGCAAGGUGUUCCCGGCCCAGGGGGCUCCAGGGGGGCUGGUGUCCUCUCGCAGCUCCUGUUGGGGGCACACAGGGCCCACUUGGCGUGGGUGCCUGCCUCUCUUGCCACCACGUCCCUUUGCAUUGUUCCCUGCUUACAUAUUUUUACGGAAAGCUGUUAGACUCUGUAUUUCUAAUAGGUCAUACAUUACCUAUUUUUCAUACAUCUGGUGCUGCCUCUUUGUAAAACCAGUGAUGACUUGGUUGAGCUUGAAAGAAAAAAAAUGUCUGAGGCGACAUCAUCAGGGCAGGAUUUUUAUAUGUACCAUGCGAAUUUUGGAGAACUCCAAAGAGCCUGCGUCUUCCCCUCACCACGUUGGCUCCUGCUCCAUGGAUAAGAGGGGGCUUGGAAAAAGCCACUUUUUAAAAACCCUUUCUAAAGACCUGCAUUACAUCACAACUUGGUCGUUAUUAUCUAAGAACUGGCAACAAACGGAGGAAAGGUCACUGUAAUGGUCUUUUGUGUGGCUGGAAAAAGAACAGGAAGGUGGACCCAGCCUGGCAAGGCAGAAUUUUCCUUUUGUUGCUUCAGGGAGAAUGACUACAAUCAGCAUUGUCAAAAUAUGAUUUCUAAUUAGUGAAAUGUGCAAUUUUUACCACAGUUCAGAUUUACCACAUUGUGAGGGUUUUGUCUUCUUUUUUUCUUAAUAAGUAACUGCUCCCUUAUCAGGUGGUACCGACCUCGGUCUAGAGACGAGAGGUGCGAGGAGGGCAUGGGUGAUUGGCAGCGUCUCUGCAGACCUGCGGAGUCAGAGGAAGCUGGGGGCAGACAGGAGGAGGGGCCCCCUGAGGUGGGUUCCAGCGGCCACUUCCAUAGCAGACCUCAGGAGCCCCGUCACCCAGCAGCCUUAUUCUCAAGAGCUUCACGCCUUAGGAAUAUGUUCUUAUCAGCUUGGAGUCACAGUUCGUAAACCUUUCUCUGUAUAUUUUUGCAAAACCACUCCAACUUAGAUUAGGCUGAAUAUUUAGCCUUUAGGAACUUAGGGUCUCCCUGGUUUUCAGGAAUGGAAUGAAAUUCAGAAACCCAUUCCCUUGCUGGGCACGGUGCCUUUGAAAUACGGAGCAUCCGUUUUCGGGGUUUCUGUUCCGGGAUGUGACUUGGCUAUUUGUUACUGCCUGGUGGCUGCUGUGCCGGUGGGAUCAUGCCUGAGAAAGUCUCUUUCCCUCUCUCCAGAUGAUAAUUGAUUUAAUCAAUGAGAAAUUUGUUCUGAAUCAAAUAAAACAAAACAGUUUAAACAUAGGAGCCCUGUGUAUGGAGUUACAACAACCAGAAGGUGUCCAUGUGCCAGCAGUUGCUGAAUUAGUUGCCCACCAUGCACAAAAUCAUGAGCGUGUUUAAAAUCAUGUCAUCACCAGAAACAUGCGUUGAUUAACACGUGAGUGAAAAAUGUGCUCUCUAGUGAAACCAAAACUAACUCAAACCCUAAAUAAAAAGGAAAGUCUUUUUUUUUCUUAUUAAAGGAAGGUAGUCACCAAGCAGCAGAACAGACUCAUUCGGACCUUAUUUCCUCUCUGGCCACCACCCCCAGGACACCCACAGAGCUAGAACUUGCCAAGCUGCCUGUGACAGUGGGCCCACAUCCUUCACAGCGGAGAGCUGGGAGUCCAGGUGCCCAGUGGGCACCAACUGGCCCUCCCGCGGCAGUCAGGGUGGACACUGCAACAGCUGCGGGAAGGACAGGUUGAUGCCACGGCCCGGCCAGCACCAGGGCAUCCUUUCAGGGCUGCAAGAGCUCCCAUGCAUCCCCCGAGAGCAGGCAGUGCAGCAGCAGCCUCCGCAUUUGGGUCUGAGUGUUUCCAGACAUGUUUGUCAUGCAUCAGCUUUCACAGCCAUCUAGCCUGCAGACAAGAGCAGGUGCAGAAUCAGACACGUCUUCCAGGCCAUUCUGCCCAUUCUGGCUACUAGGAUGGAACCCACAUAUUGUCUGAACACCUCACAUUCCAUCCUGGCCCAGCAACUUAUACUCUCAGUUGUGGGGGGCGUUUGGCAGCCAAGGUCAUGUACUCUGAGGAUUGCGGUAGAGUCCAGAGCCACCACCGAGUGAAGUCAGGGGACACCCGGGUCACCAAAGGGCCACAGAGGCAGAGAGAUGGCAGGCACUUCCCCAGCAGUCUAUGGCAUGAAUGCCAGGCUCUGGAGCCCCAAACAAGCUUAGCUGACUGGUUGGGAAAUUCUUUGUACUUUGCACAGAUCACACACACCCUGUUGUUGUUACACACAAAUGUCAGCGUGUGAUUUGGAAGGACUGACAGUGAUGACAAAGUGCCAUGCCUAUGUUUCUGAGACUUCAAAUAAAAAUGAA